AUGUACCCCGCCUGCAACAAAACUUCAUCCCACACACAGGAAAAUCCCAACAUCACCACCAAAGACAACCAACAAACCAGCAACAUGUCUUCCACUACUCAGGAUUCUGCACAGGCGCUACAGUACACCUGCAACACAUGUCUUGUCGGCUUCCACCACAGCGAAGCGCAGAGAGAUCACAUGAAGAAAGACUGGCAUCAUUACAACAUGAAGCGUCGUAUGGCUAGCUUGCCUCCUGUCACCCUUGAAACCUUCAACGAAAAGGUCCUGGCCGCCAAAGCUGUAACCAACGAAGCCGCUGCCAAGGCGUCCUACGAGAAGACCUGUCACACCUGUAACAAGGCUUUCUACAGCGAGAACUCCUACAAGAACCACAUCAACAGCUCGAAGCACAAGCAACGUGAAGCACACCUCCGCAAGGACGGUGACAAUGCUUCUGUCCAAAGUUCUGCCUUCUCUCUUGGAGAGCCCGUCACCAAGUCCAACAACAGUGACGUUUCCAAGGUCACCGAAAACCUCAAGUCGGCCACCAUUGAAGAAAAGGAUGAGGAUGUCGAUGUCGACGCCGAGGAUCACGAGGCUCAAUUUUCACCAUCUCACUGCUUGUUCUGCAACACCGACUCUUCCGAUAUUCACACCAACGUGGAGCACAUGCGCAAAGACCACGGAAUGUUCAUUCCCGAACAGAAAUAUCUGGCGGAUAUCGAUGGUCUCGUCCACUAUCUCUGGCGCAAGAUUACCGAGAACUACGAAUGUCUCUUCUGCCAUACCAUGCGCAACACCGCACACGCUAUUCAGACCCACAUGCGCGACAAGAGCCACUGCCGCAUCGCCUUCGAAACCGAGGAUGAGCAAGUCGAAAUUGGUCAAUACUACGACUUCCGAAGCACAUACGACGAUGACGAAGAAGAAUCGUCACCCAUGACCGGUGGCGUCAAGGUCAAUGGAACCGGAGAGGAUCAAGGCUGGGAAACCGAAAGUGACGCCGACUCCGACGAAGAAGAUCUCGACAACUACCGCAACCCAUCAGGCGCCUAUGAGGAUGACUUUGAACUCCAUCUGCCCUCCGGAAAGAGUGUCGGCCAUCGUUCGCUGGCCAAAUACUACCGCCAAAACAUGCACAACUACAUGACACCGUCCGAACGGGCUGCCCGCCAGCUUGCCAUUGAGAAUGGUGAAAUUGAGGAGGAUAAGGCUCGCGUUCGCAACAACCACCACCGGGCUAUUACUACCCGUGCCAACGGUGGAUUGGGUAUGAUCAAAGCCACCGAAGAGCAAAAAGAGACCGCUCUCACUGCGGAACGUCGCGAGAGAACUCGUGCCCAGCGUCAAGAAAACCGCUAUAUCGCCCGUGUCCAAAAGGCGAACAACCACCAGAAGCACUUCCGGGAUCCCCUCCUGCAAUGA